AUGGCAUCUUCCACUGAGCCUUUGCAAAUUGUCGGGACUGUCGCUUUGUUUUUCACCGGUGCAUUGAUCAUGAGAGGCGCUGGAUGCACAAUAAAUGACAUAUGGGACAGGAACCUGGAUCCACACGUCGAACGCACAAAAUUCCGGCCAAUCGCGAGGGGGGCAAUAUCGCCGCAGAAGGCUGUGGUGUUUACUGGGGUUCAGCUGAUAGCUGGACUGGGCGUCCUUCUUCAAUUUCCGUCUCAGUGUCUCUGGUACGGCAUUCCAAGCUUACUUCUAGUCACGAGUUACCCUCUUGCCAAACGUGUCACAUAUUAUCCACAAGCUAUCUUAGGCCUCACCUUUUCGUGGGGUGCAAUAAUGGGAUUCCCGGCGUUAGGCGUGGAUCUUCUUGGCAGCCUUGAUGCAUUGGAGGCUGCCACUGCUCUAUAUUCCAGCUGCGUUGCAUGGACGGUGCUGUACGAUAUGAUAUAUGCCCACAUGGACAUAAAAGACGACGCGGCGGCGGGAAUUAAGUCAAUUGCUCUUCGUCAUAAGCACAACACCAAGUCUGUUCUCUCUGCCCUGGCGCUUGUUCAAGUUACAUUACUUGCCGCGGCAGGCAGUGCAGCUGGUGCAGGUCCCAUUUUCUUUCUCGGCAGUUGUGGUAGUGCGGCCCUUUCUUUGGGUGUUAUGAUUUGGAGAGUGGAAUUGAAAACUGUCCAGAGCUGUUGGUGGUGGUUCAAGAAUGGCUGUUUGCUCACAGGCGGGGGUAUCACCUUGGGAAUGUUCCUCGAUUAUUUGGCGCAAAGAGCCGGCUGGUACGAGAAGGGUAGAAAUUCAAAGACCUCUGGUGCUUCCUAA